CGCCAAGCUUUUUUUUUAAUGUUCGGAAGCGUAAUAACUACCUCGUGCGUAAUAACCCCAUCACCUACGUUAUCUCUUUGAGUCACUACAGAAUCUUAUUUAGAUUACAUCAUAUCCAAACAAACCCAGACUCCAAUCAUCCAACCCUACAAGCAAAAACAUACGCUGAACCACUCCCAGCACUAGUAAGUACCAUUUCCAAAAUCACAUUUCAACGACCAAUCCACCCUUCAUAGACUCAAAGCCUCUCACUAUACCUAUCACUUUUCCACCACACCAAUCAUGCUCACUCGACCCUUGUCCCUCCCCACCCCCCACUUCGUGGAAUCAUGCGGCGCCCUCCCCCUCCAUCUCCCCACCCGCACAAUCGCCCUCAUCUACUACAAACGUAAAGACGAAUACCUCCUCGCCAAAGGCCGCCGCAACGUCGCCGAAUCCCGAUCUGCUGCCGCCCUCCGCGAAGUGCGCGAAGAAACAGGUCUCACAUGCACGCUGCUCCCCGUGAUCAUGGACACGCGGGCACCGCCAGCGGAUGAGAAGGCUGAGGACACAAAUGCGGGGGAUAGGGUGAGGGUGGAGGAGGAGUGUGUCGAGCCGUUCAUGGUGAGCAUGCGGGAGGUGGGGCGGAAGGGGAAGAAAGGGCAGGAGGGGAGCAGGCAUUUGAAGAUUAUUUGGUGGUUUUUGGGGGAGAUUGUAGAGGGGGAGGGGGAGGUGAGUGGGGAGUCGUUUGAAAAGGGUAGAUGGGAUGGGCCGGAGGAGCAGUUUGAGGUUGUGAGGAUGGGGUUCGAGGAGGCGGUGGAGAAGCUGAGUUUUGAAGGGGAUAGGGAGGUAUUGAGGAAGGGGGUGGAGUUGGUUGAGGGGACGUAUUGGAGCAAAGAGGGAGAUUCGGGUGAGAUAUUGGUCGUCUAGUUUUUAAUACACA